AUCUGAUGUUCUUUGUGAUGAAAACAGUCAUGGUGUGAAAUGUUCAAAAGAUGAUGUGUUGCAUUACAAUAACAAUGCUAGUCUGUCCUCAGAAGGGUUUCUCCCACAUGGGGAAUUGACAAAUUCUGCAAAAUCUGAAUUGCCUGUUGUUGAUGAAGGUAGUAGCAUUGGUAUAUCGCAAGAAGACCAAGGCUUUACAGAUAAUGUUACUUCUGGUGCUCCAUGCGAAACUGAUGAAGUACAAAGUGGAAAUAUUUUGGAUUCUAGUAAUGGUAGUACUGCAAAUGUAAAAUCCAACUUUGAGGAGAGCCCAGAAGAAGAUAAAUCAAACUUUCCUGUUACUGUGGAGGAAGCCCCUGUUAAAAUGGAAGAUGCUGAGAGAAGUAUUAGUCCAAGCUCAGAUACUCAGAGGCUCAUAAAUUCAAAUGCAGAGAUUGAACAGACUGCUUUGAGCUCACUUUCAGGAAGUAGCAUUACAAGGGAUGAUAACAAUUUAGUCACUGUCAUUCAAGUAGGUGAAAUGAAGCCUGUAGAAAUGGAAACCACUGAACAAGUAGACACUUCAAGUGAGGAAAUUGCAGAGCAGGAUCAUUUGGUGUGUAGCAGUGGAGGGAUUGUAUCUUCUGAUUAUGAAGGUUCAGUUGCCACCAAAGAACAAGGAGACAUUAGAGAAGCUGUGAUUGAAUGUUCAUCAGAUAACGAAGAUGGACAAAUGGUACCAACCAGCAAAGAUGACUUGGGAGGCGAUGAAAAAAAAUUGGCAACUGAUGAUUCCAGUUUUUGCAUCUAUACAGAGAAUGAACCUGUUGUUUUGGUUGGCUCCAUGCCAGAAGACAAAAACAAUGAAACAGAUUCUAUUCAAAAGCCAAAUACACAUGUGGGCACAGAAACCAGUGUCGAGAAUUUACAAGGUGGUAAUGCAACAUUAGUAACACUGGAUGACAAAGACGUGACUGAUUAUUCAGAAGGGACAUUUAAUACUUUAUUAGAAAACUCUAAAGUCUCUAUUUGUGUUACACCUGCUAAUGGGGAUGAUGUAAAUCAAGGUGAGGAAGCUGACAACUUAAAAGAAAGCCACUGCUUCCAAGAGGAUGUUUCUGAGGAUUUCUGCCAACAAAAUUCUUCUGGGGAAGGUUCAUUUUCCACAGAAGUUACUGAUGAAAUGACAGGUGAAGAAAUAAAAGAUUCCCAAUCAAAUAUGGACAAUGAUACUGAUCUUCCUGGAACUGAAUCUGCAGAAGUAAGUGAUGCAAAUGUUUCUUUGACUUUGGAUCAAGUAGAUGCUGAAGAAAACACAGACGUUAUGCAUAAAGAUCUUAAUGAACUUGUUGAAGCAGAACUUGGACAGUGUUCUCCAAGAUUUGAUGGAGAUCAGGCAGUUAAAACACAUAAAGAAUUUUUCAAACUAGCUGAGGAAGCAUUUGCUUCAGCUGAAAUAUGUGAAAAUUCUGAUCAUAACCAGAAUGAAUUAGGCACAGCUGAAUCACAUGAUCUCACUGGAGAAGUGCAGGUGGACAAGUGUCCCAUUGAAGACAGUCUUUCCUCUGAUGUUGCCUCCUUGGAAAAGGAGGUUGAUGGACAGGAUGUGAGAGCUAUCUUGCAACCUGAUGCAAAUGAAAUUGAGGGUGUUGCCAAGGAAGUUUGUCACAAUUCCAUUGAAGAUACUCCUUCUUCAAAUGUUGUUACCUUGGAAAAGAGAAUAGAUGGGCAGGAUAUCAGAACUGUCAUAGAACCUUCUAGUGAUGUCAUGCAUGCUGAUGCAGUUGAUAAGGAAGUGUGUGGAGUUUCAUCCCUAGAUGAUGCACUUGUUCUGCAAAGAGUUGAUGCAGAUUCUCUUCUGACUGAGACAAUCACCAACAACCCUCCCAUUCUGAGAGAUCUUGGAAAAUGCCUGGACACAGAAUACCAACAUGGACGAGUACCUUGCUGGAGAGACCUGGCUGAAUUGUUGGAUAUUCCACCAGAGGCAUAUGAGCACUGUGGUACCUUCUCAGCGACAAGUCCAACUGAAGACUUGUUUGUGUUUUUAGCAGCAACAAAACCUCAGCUUACUAUUCAAGAUAUUCAGGAGGCCCUCAGAGAUAUUGACAGACAUGAAGUAGCACAGUUACUAGACAGAAAAAUUGCAGGUGGGAUAAUUAGCAAGGAAAGUGUUGUUGGCAGCCUUGUGGAAAGAGAUGACACAGACAUUCUUGGUCGGAUGGCAUUGAAACUUGAUAGAAAAAGCAUAAAUGACUGGAGAGGUCUGGCACUUCAGCUGAGCGUACCACAGCGUGUAUUGAGAAACUUCGGUUCUCAUCAGAGACACAAUUCAUCCUUGAUGCUGUUAAAGUACAUUCCAAUAUUUGAUCCUGAGUUGACCUUGGAGCACUUGAAAGGCUGCUUGGUCUCUAUUGGCAGACAAGAUGCUGUUCAAGUCUUAGAGAAUGCUGGAAUUCCAGGUAUUACAUGUACAUGUAAUUUUUUAUCUGUACUGUAGGAGAUAUUUAAAUAUCGUCUUUGAAGCUGUACAUGUACAUUGAAGGAUAUGUGAACCUUAAUUACGUUCAGAAAACGCAAAUCUUAUUUUGACCUGUGGCUUUCUGGAGUUGGUUGUCCUGUGCAUGGUUAUAUGCAGAAAAAUCCGCAUUCCUGUAGGGACACCAAAAUGGCCACCCCGCUUGAUUUUUGCAGGAGCAUGUCACGGCCAGUAAACUGGUACUGUUACUAAGACACGUGAUAGACAUGAGCAUGUGGGCAGUCCAUAUGAGGUCGUCUUGGCGAUGGAUCUUUCUUCUCCAUUUAGUCGCCAUAGGCUUUGCCAUUUUGUGCUGUCAGUGUUGGAUUUUGGUGAUGGCAGCCAUUAUCGGAAUCUGAGGGAAUUUUCCUUGUUUAUUUUAUAUGUUCAU